AUGCCUGCCACACAGCAAAUCUUCGUGAACGCGGGUGGCCGGGCCACCAUUCGGCAGGCCCGCAAAGGGCUGGAGAGCAAGACCAUCUCUGGUGAAGCGCUGCUGCGCGAGGCCGAGCGCCUCGAAAGGGCGGCCGCGGCGGAAGAAGCGGAGGUGCGGCGAAAGCGGGAAAAGGCCGCAGAGCUGCGGCAGAAGGCCGAAGCCCUGAGCAAGGGCGAGGAUAUGGGGGUGGCUCUCGCUCUGAGGGUGAAGGAGGCGAGUGAGAAUGAUGCGAAGAUGGAGUAG